CGGAAGGAGCUGCUCUGGGUAAGAAGGUGAACGAAAGAUGGCGGCGGAAACGCUGCUGUCCAGUCUGUUGUGGCUGCUGCUUCUGGGGAUCCUAUUACCCGCAAGUCUGACUGGCGGUGUCGGCAGCCUGAAUCUAGAGGAGCUGAGUGAGAUGCGUUAUGGGAUCGAGAUCCUGCCAUUGCCUGUCAUGGGAGGGCAGAGCCAAGCUUCCGACGUGGUGAUUGUCUCCUCUAAGUACAAACAGCGCUAUGAAUGUCGCCUGCCAGCUGGAGCUAUUCACUUCCAGCGUGAAAGGGAGGAGGAGGCACCUGCUUACCGAGGGCCUGGGAUCCCUGAGUUGUUGAGCCCAAUGAAAGAUGCUCCUUGCCUGCUGAAGACCAAGGACUGGUGGACGUAUGAAUUCUGUUAUGGACGCCACAUCCAGCAGUACCACAUGGAAGAUUCAGAGAUCAAAGGUGAAGUCCUCUAUCUCGGCUAUUACCAAUCGGCCUUCGACUGGGAUGAUGAGACAGCCAAGGCCUCCAAGCAGCAUCGCCUGAAACGCUACCACAGCCAGACCUAUGGCAAUGGAUCCAAGUGCGACCUCAACGGGAGGCCACGGGAGGCGGAGGUUCGGUUCCUCUGUGACGAGGGUGCUGGUAUUUCUGGGGACUACAUUGAUCGUGUGGAUGAGCCCUUGUCCUGCUCUUAUGUGCUGACCAUUCGGACACCUCGGCUGUGCCCCCACCCUCUGCUCCGGCCCCCACCCAGUGCCGCUCCCCAGGCCAUUCUCUGUCACCCUGCUCUGCAGCCUGAGGAGUACAUGGCCUACAUUCAGAGGCAAGCUGUAGACUCCAAGCAAUACGGGGAUAAAGUCCUCCAGGAGCUGCAAGACCUGGAGCCGCACAUGUGGAGCGAGGUCCAGCUGGGAUCAGGGCCCUCAAAGAGAGCAGGUACACACCCCACCAAGGAUGAGAGUAAGGAAUCAGAUUUCUGGAAGAUGCUUCAUGAGCCAGAGGAGCAGAACCCUGGGGUGGAGGAAGCUCAGGCUGAGGAACCCAACCUUGAGACAGCAGAUCCAGCUCCCGGCCCUCCCCAAGAUUUUCAGAACAAUGUGCAGGUCAAAGUCAUCCGGAGUCCCGCGGACUUGAUUCGAUUGAUAGAGGAGCUGAAAGGUGGCGCAAAAAAGUCCCCAUCCACUCAGGGGAGGCCAAACGGAGGCCCAGAGCAGCAUGCGGAGGAUGCCGCUGAAGGCCCUCAGAGAGAAGCAGAGGUGAAGGAAAAGAGUAACACGGACCAUCAGAACGAGGUGGAGGAAGAGGAGGAAGAGGAGGAGGAGGAAGAUGAAGAUGAGGAUGAACAGCAGUUACUGGGAGAGUUUGAGAAGGAACUGGAAGGGAUACUGCUCCCUUCUGACCGAGAGCGGCUCCGGUCGGAGGUGAAGGCUGGCAUGGAGCGGGAACUGGAGAACAUCAUCCAGGAGACAGAGAAGGAGCUGGACCCAGACGGGUUGAAGAAGGAAUCCGAGCGCGAUCGGGCAAUGCUGGCCCUGACAUCCACUCUCAACAAACUCAUCAAAAGGCUGGAGGAAAAACAGAGUCCAGAGCUGGCACAGAAGAAGCACAGGAAAAGGAGGGUUGUCCCCCAAAAGCCUACCCCCUCCCCCAAAACAGCAGAGGAGGAUCCUGAGCACAGAGUCCGGGUCCGGGUCACCAAGCUCCGUCAUGGAGGCCCCAAUCAGGAUCUGACUGUCCUCGAGAUGAAACGGGAAAACCCACAGCUGAAACAAAUCGAGGGGCUGGUGAAGGAGCUGCUGGAGAGGGAGGGGCUCACAGCGGAAGGGAAAAUUGAAAUCAAAAUCGUGCGACCAGGGGCUGAAGGGACAGAGGAGGACGCACGUUGGCUAACUGACGAGGACACGAGAAACCUCAAGGAGAUUUUCUUCAAUAUCUUGGUGCAGGGAGCAGAGGAGGCGCAGAAAGAGCGGCAACGGCAGAAGGAGCUGGAGAGCAAUUACCGCCGGGUGUGGGGCUCUCGAGGUGGGGAGGGCACAGGAGACCUGGAGGAGUUUGACUUCUGAGACCACCUCUGCCAUAGGCUGGCCAGGGAGUCCAGAGCCUGCCUAGACUGGCCCUGCCUCCUCCUCCCCUCACCCGCACCCAGAGCUCUGAAGGCCAAACAGCAGAGUAGAGCUGAGCUGUGGACCUGGCCUCCAGCUGCCUCCCUCCGGGGGAGUAUAGAGAGGCCCUGGGGUGAGCACGCCACCCCCCCCCCACUGCUGCUGCUCAGAGCCACCCAAGACCUCGCGGCCCUGUGGGGUUUACUCUCCCAGGCUUCUCCCUAUAGCCCCUUACUUUCUCCCUGGCUCCCUAGUACCCGUCCCCUAACUUGUCGGUUCCUUUCCCCUCCCUCCCUGGAGAGUUGAUGAGAUCUUUUGCGUGAAGGAGGGUGGGAGAGCAAGAAGAGUGGGGCAGUUCAGCAGGCCCCCCACACCCUGCCUCAACUGCUCUUUGGGGCCACCACCUUUCCUUGGACCGGCUCGGGAUGCCCUACUCCUUUCCCUGCCCACACUGUUCCCUACAAUCCGGGCUUCCAACUUGAGGUGCCUUCACCUCUGUUUCUGAGGAAAUGGGAGAAAGUUGCCCACCACCUCUGACACGAUCUCACUGAAAAGGGUGGGUUACAGAACCACGCACGAUGUUCUUGAACAAUCAGGUUUCUCAAUAAAGAACUGGACCAUCAA